GGGCUGUAGGAGCACAUGGGGGCUGUGGGUGAAGAGUCAGCAGAGGUGGGGGUGCGAGGUGGGGAGAGAAGGGUCGGGGCAUCGACGUCACCCCGGGUCCCUCCUCCCUGCCCGCCUGGGAGGGAGUGCCACAGGUCCAGCUCGGGCCAGGGGCGGGAACUGGCUGGUAGGCCCUGCCUGGUCCCCACACCCUGUACCACCGGAGGGUGUAAAACCUGUCCCUUUGUCUUUCAGGACAAACACCACGAUGCUGCUCACGAAAUCAUCGAGACCAUCCGGUGGGUCUGCGAAGAGAUCCCGGACCUCAAGCUCGCUAUGGAGAACUACGUUUUAAUCGACUACGACACCAAAAGCUUCGAGAGCAUGCAGAGGCUCUGUGAUAAGUACAACCGCGCCAUCGACAGCAUCCACCAGCUGUGGAAGGGGACCACUCAGCCCAUGAAACUGAACACCCGGCCGUCCAACGGGCUCCUGCGGCACAUCCUGCAGCAGGUGUAUAACCACUCGGUGACGGACCCCGAGAAGCUCAACAACUACGAGCCCUUCUCCCCGGAGGUGUACGGGGAGACCUCCUUCGACCUGGUCGCGCAGAUGAUCGACGAGAUCAAGAUGACCGAGGACGACCUGUUUGUGGACCUGGGCAGCGGAGUGGGCCAGGUCGUGCUCCAGGUGGCCGCGGCCACCAACUGCAAACAUCACUACGGCGUGGAGAAAGCUGACAUCCCAGCCAAGUACGCGGAGACCAUGGACCGAGAGUUCAGGAAGUGGAUGAAAUGGUAUGGAAAAAAGCAUGCAGAAUACACACUGGAAAGAGGCGACUUCCUCUCGGAGGAGUGGAGAGAGCGGAUCGCCAACACAAGUGUUAUAUUUGUGAAUAACUUUGCCUUUGGUCCUGAGGUGGAUCACCAGCUGAAGGAGCGGUUUGCGAACAUGAAGGAAGGCGGCAGAAUUGUGUCCUCGAAGCCCUUUGCGCCUCUGAACUUCAGAAUAAACAGCAGAAACUUGAGCGACAUCGGCACCAUCAUGCGCGUCGUGGAGCUCUCGCCCCUGAAGGGCUCUGUGUCCUGGACGGGGAAGCCGGUCUCCUACUACCUGCACACCAUCGACCGCACCAUACUUGAAAACUAUUUUUCUAGUCUGAAAAACCCAAAACUCAGGGAGGAGCAAGAGGCGGCUCGGCGCCGGCAACAGCGAGAGAACAAGAGCAACACGACCACUCCCACCAAGGUGCCCGAGAGCAAGGCUGCCGUGGCCGCGGACACCCCCGUGGAUUCCGGUGCCGAGGAAGAGAAGGCUGGGACGACCGCCAUCAAAAAGCCGUCCCCCUCCAAAGCCCGGAAGAAGAAGCUGAACAAGAAGGGGCGGAAAAUGGCCGGCAGGAAGCGCGGGCGCCCCAAGAAGAUGAGCGCUGCCAACCCCGAGCGCAAGCCCCGGAAGAGCCAAACUGCACUGGACCUCCUGCACGCCCCGGCCUCGUCGCAGACGGCGGCGCCCUCGCCACAGGAUGCGUACAGGUCACCUCAUAGCCCCUUCUAUCAGCUACCUCCCUGCGUGCAGCGGCACGCCCCCGACCGGCCGCUGCUGGCAGCCACCCCGCCCGCACUGCAGAAGCUGCUAGAAUCCUUCAAGAUUCAGUACCUGCAGUUCUUGGCCUACACCAAGACCGCCCAGUACAAGGCCAGCCUUCAGCAGCUGCUGGACCAGGAGAAGGAGAAGAACGCCCGGCUGCUGGGGGCCGCACAGCAGCUGUUCGGCCACUGCCAGGCCCAGAAAGAGGAGAUCAAGAGGCUCUUCCAGCAGAAACUGGAUGAGCUGGGGGUGAAGGCGCUGACCUACAACGACCUGAUUCAGGCGCAGAAGGAGAUCUCGGCCCAUAACCAGCAGCUGAGGGAGCAGACGGAGCAGCUGCAGGAGGACAACAGGGAGCUGAGGAGCCAGAGCCUGCAGCUGCUCAAGGCUCGGUGUGAGGAGUUGAAACUGGACUGGUCCACGCUGUCGCUGGAGAACCUGCUGAAGGAGAAGCAGGCCCUGAGGAGCCAGAUCUCCGAGAAGCAGAGGCACUGCCUGGAGCUGCAGAUCAGCAUCGUGGAGCUGGAGAAGAGCCAGCGGCAGCAAGAGCUUCUGCAGCUCAAGUCCUGCGUGCCGCCCGACGACGCCCUGUCGGCGCACCUGCGCGGGAAAGGCGCCCUGGGCCGGGAGCCGGAGGCGGACCCCGGCCGGUUGCACCUCGACCUGGACUGCUCUAGGUUCUCCCUGCCGCGCUUCAGCAGCGCCAGCCCGGAACUCUCCAUGAACGGCCACGCGGCCAGCUACGAGCUCUGCGGUGCGCUGAGCCGGCCCCCCUCCAAGCAGAACACCCCCCAGUACCUGGCCUCCCCGCCGGACCAGGAGGUGGUGCCCUGCACCCCCAGCCACGGCAGCCGGCCAAGGCUCGAGAAGGUGUCUGGCCUGGCCUUGCCGGACUACACCAGGCUGUCCCCGGCCAAGCUGGUGCUGAGGCGGCACCUCAGCCAGGACCACGCGGCCGGCGGCAAGACGGCAGCCGGGGAGCUGCACCCUCGAGCCGAGCACGCCAAGGAGAACGGCCUUCCGUACCAGAGCCCGGGCAUCGCCAACGGCAUCAAGCUGAGCCCUCAGGACCCCCGGCCCUCCUCCCCCGUGGCCUUACAGAUGACAGGGGAGAGGGGCAGCGAGAAGGGUUUGAAGGAGCGUGCCUACGCCAGCAGCGGGGAGGCCAUCACCAGCCUGCCCGUCAGCAUCCCGCUCAGCACCGUGCAGCCCAGCAAGCUGCCCGUCAGCAUCCCUCUGGCCAGCGUGGUGCUGCCCAGCCGUGCCGAGAAAGUGAGAAGCACCCCCAGCCCCGUGCCGCAGACCCGAGAGUCCUUGUCCACACUUGAAAAGCAGAUGGGCGCUACUGCACACAGCGCCGGAAGCAAAAGUCUCGCCCCGGCCCCUGCAGGCUUCUACGCGGGCUCGGUGGCCGUCAGCCCAGCCCCCCUCGCUUCCGGAGCAGAUCCCGGCACCUUUGACGAGGUCCCCAGCGCAGGCGGUCUGUUUGCCAGCGUGGGGUCCUGUGGCUCCACCCCGCAGCACCCGCCCCUGCUGCCGCAGCCCCGGGGCUCUGGCGCAGCCUCGCCCGCCCACCCGCUCUGCGCCAGCCCCCGCCUGGGCGGCGCCGCCCAGGGUCCGCUCCCUGACGCCAACAAAGGGGACCUUCCUCCCGAGGCCGGCUUCUCGGACCCCGAGGGCGAAGCCAAGCGGAGGAUCGUCUUCACCGUCUCGGCCGGCGGGGGCGGCACCAAGCAGUCGCCUCCCAGCAAGCCCAGCCCUCUGCCCACGGGCGGCCGUGGGGACGGCAGCCAGGGCCACGGGCAGGACAGCCGCAAGCGGGGCAGAAGGAAGCGGGCGGCGGCAGGGACCCCCGGCCUGAGCUCAGGCGUGUCGCCCAAGCGCCGGGCCCUGCCGUCCGUGGCCGGCCUCUUCACGCAGUCUUCAGGGUCCCCCCUGAACCUCAACUCCAUGGUUAGCAACAUUAACCAGCCUUUGGAAAUCACGGCCAUUUCGUCCCCUGAGAGCCUGAAGAGCUCCCCUGUCCCCUACCAGGACAGCGACCAGCCGCCCGUCCUCAAGAAGGAGAAGCCCCUGAGCCAGACCAACGGGGCCCACUACUCCCCACUGACCUCGGACGAGGAGCAGGGCUCCGAGGAUGAGCCGGGCAGCACCAGAAUUGAGAGAAAAAUUGCGACAAUCUCCUUAGAAAGCAGAUCUCCCCCGAAAACCUUGGAAAACGGUGGAGGCCUGGCUGGGAGGAAGCCGACCCCUGCCAGUGAGCCCACCAACAGCAGCAAGUGGAAGUCUACCUUUUCGCCCAUCUCCGACCUCGGCCUGGCCAAGUGCGCCGACAGCCCGCUGCAGGCCGGCUCCGCCCUGAGCCAGAACUCUCUGUUCGCUUUCCGGCCCCCCCUGGAGGAGCCCGGCUCGGCCGACGCCAAGCUGGCCGCCCACCCCAGGAAGAGCUUUCCCGGUGCCCUGUCGGGGGCAGGCGGGCUGAGCCCAAGCAGCAACCCUCCCAACGGCUUCGCCUUCAGCGGGGGCCUGGCCGCCGACCUCAGUUUACACAGCUUCAGUGAUGGUGCUUCUCUCUCCCACAAGGUCCCCGAGGCGGCAGGCCUGGGCGCCCCCCUGAGCUUUCCCGCCCCCCGGGGCAAGGACAGCGCUGCAGAGCCUGGGCCCUUUGUGAACAAGAGGCAGCUGGACGGCGCGGGCGGCCCCAAGGGCAGGGAGGCAGGCGAGCCGGGCCCCCCGGCGUGUGGGCCCCCGGACAAGGCCUCGCUGGCGCACGGCAAGCCGGGCAAGGGCCGGGACCGUGAGCCCGACCUGAAGAACGGCCACAACCUCUUCAUUGCAGCCGCCAACGUGCCCCCCGGGGGCCUCCUCAGUGGCCCGGGCCUCGCCACGGCGGCGUCCUCAGUGGUCAGCGCGGCCCCCUCCGCCCAGGCGCACCGCCCCUUCCUGGGCACGUUUGCCCCCGGCCCGCAGUUCGCCCUGGGCCCCAUGUCGCUGCAGGCCAACCUGGGCUCGUCCGUGCUGCAGUCCCUGUUUGGCUCCGUGCCGGCCGCCGGCCUGGUGCACGUCUCGUCCGCCGCAACCAGACUGACCAACUCGCACGCCAUGGGCAGCUUUCCCUCCGGGGUGGCAGGCGGCGCAGUUGGAGGUUCCCUUGCAGGGCCCCCUAAAGGGCGAGAGGCUGUGCCCGUGUGUCCCCUCGGGUCCACUUUGCACCCGUCACCUCGUUCCUUUUCGUGAGCUGCAGACGCGCCUGUGGCGUGGGCAGAGCGCCCACGCGUGAGUCGGCCUGUGUCAGGUCCUCGGGCCGUGACGGUGUCCCUUGUACCUUCGGGAGAGCUGGCGCCACGACUAGGGCUUUGUCUCAUCCCCGUGGAGGCCACCUGUCGAACCUGACACGGCCCAUGGGUCCGGGCGGCCGCGGGGGGCCGGCGCUGGGCGAGAGCCGGCGGCCGUGGCGCCUGCCGCGUGGUGGCACCGUGUAGGGGUGGAGAGGAGCCGCGUGGCUGGGCCGGGCCGGGCCCACCGCGGGGUCCCAGCCAGCUCUGUGGUGGGCGCAGGCGGGCAGGACCCCGUCCUGCGGCUGGGAGCCCCGGGCAGGUGCGCCCGCAGGUGAGUCACACCGGCCGCCCGCGCCCCUCCCCCCCCACCCCCCCCCCCCGCC